AUGACGGUGGCUCUCCUCGCGCUGGGAGUCACGAUUGGCUCAAAGCCGGUGGUCGACUACUCGUCCUCCGCCUCCUGCCGCCGGCUUCAGAAGCCGGAGAAGCAGGCGAUCGCGACGCCGUUCGAACAGCCCAAGGUUGACGAGGUCGCUUCGGAGCUCCAGAACUGGUUCUCGUGCGCGGAGCCCGUGGAUGACGUUGACAUGACCUGCUUCCUCGCGCCCGACUGGAUGGUGGAGGAGGGCAUCGGCGACGACAAGUACGUAUGCUCGGACACGCCGGCGCUCGCCGCUGCCUUCCUCGGUGACAAUGGCGCGCUCUCUCCCGACGACAGCUACUAG